AUGGCAGCUUUGAAUACGAUCCCUACUGAGCUUGAAUGUGCUAUCUUCCGUCUCUUAGACCCCGUUGGCCUGAUAUCUGUCAGCCAAACCAACCAAAAAUUUCGAAAGAUCAUCCAACCAACCCGAAAGCAUUUUGUCGAAAGAUUGGUCCAGCUAGAAUGUGAUGAGGAAGAAGGUGGCAUCACUCCGCUUUUAAAUUCAAAGAACAAUGUUCUCAGUCCAGAUUGGACCCAGCCUGAGUGGAAGGCGAUGCGCUGGGCAUGUAGCCGGUGUCUUCGCCUCCUUCCGGAGGAAAACUUCGAUAAUCACUCCAUCCUCCGACUGGCAUAUCGCAAGCCUAUCCCCAGCUCCCCGGCAUCGGAGCAUCGCACAACUUGGGAAUCAACACCGAGGUCAAACCCUUUUCUACCGCAUUUACGCCGUGAAAAGCGAUCACAAUCUGGCCAGUAUAUCAAAGAGAAACAGACUCGACGACGAUACGCACUCGCCAGCUCAAAAAAGUGGGAUGCUAGGUCCAUCUCAUCCGGUAUUGAGAAUACCUACCACGAGCUCCAAGGCUGCGGGUGGACAGCGCUUGAAAACAUGACCCUUACCGAGUUCAUCACAUUAGAUGCCUAUGAAAAAAAGCAUCUUUUCGAAGCGGAGGUAGAAGCUAUCGAACGUACGCGCUGUGGAUACAAGCGACACCUGCGCAAAUGCCAUGAAUGCCGGUACCAAUCAGGCCAACUGAAACCCACCCUCAUCGGGGGCGAUGGCACGGCCAAAGUCGCAUUUGCAACCAGCCGCCAGUACAGGAUUCCAACAGCCACGGAUCGCCACUAUCCCCGGUUUUCAGAGAAACUGAAGAAUAAACGACCAGUCAAUCAUCCGCCGUCAUAUGCGAUAUACCGCGUUCAUAUGUACGCCUUCUCCUCAGAUGGCUCCACCACAUCCUCUGAAGUGAAGCUACAAUGGCAAUGA